UGCAGGCAACGAGUCACCUCAGGGAGCUUUUCUCCUAUUGGGUGGAAUUCCCGCCAUUGGACGUCCGAUUUUGGUCGUGAUGGCUGUAGGGCUGGUGUUUUAUAUCCUUUGGAGGUAUUGAACUCUAUUUUUUACUUUAUUAGGAAAAUUUAUAAUUCUUUUGCCUGGCGAGUCAAAAUGACUAAAUUACGACUUAUUUUUUUUUCUCUCUAGAUGGUGGGAAUCCAUCACUGGACAAGGAAUGGAUGCGGCAUCCGGUAAGAAAGGAAACUUUUUUCGUUACCGGUUGUCUCCCUUUGUCAGCGGUUGCGUUUAUACUGCAUACUUUUACUAUGUGGUGCAGAUGAUCUAUCAAACCGAGGACGAACAGCAGCAACUUGCUUCCAGUAAAGAAUUUCCUGCAUCCUGGACAAAGAGCGGAAUUGGAAGAGCAGGUAUCGGAAUCCUAGGAAUCGCGUUUAUCAUCGCCUGUAUCACUCAACUGGUGAAUGCUAUUACGGGGAACUUCAUCCCGGAUUUACGUACAUCCGAGCCUGGCUCACGAAAAUGGGAAGCCUUUAUCGUGCAUUGGUCAGGCCGUAUUGGCUUUGGUGGACGGGCUAUCAUGUUUGGUACCAUGUCUGGUUUCUUUUGGGACUCUCUCGCCAAGCGCAAUGAAUCUGGAAGACAGAACAUGGUCGCGGCCGCGAUUUCCAAACUUGCCAACGCCAGUGGCGGCAAAUUUUUUAUGGUCAUUCUAGGACUCGGCCUUAUUAUUUAUGCUCUUUUCGCCAUUUCCAAUGCGUACUACAAAUAUUUUCCCACCCCGCCACCAUCGCGUCGACCGUUGUAUGCGCUUGAUGAAGAUGAGGCGCUAAAUUUUGGCAUCUCAGAAAGUCGGACGUACACACGACCACCUGUCUCUCCACGGCCAGCUGCAUGGAAAUUUUGGAGACGUCAUAAUAGUACCCCCGUGCCGGAUGAAGAAAAAGCACAAGACGAAAGAAUAUCCCAAUCAACGCCUGCUAUACCCACCGUCAACACAACGUUCACCCGCUAAUACUUUUAAUAAUUUAUUCCAAAGCUUUGUAUCAUUUAAUCUCAGUAGUACCCUAUCCCGUAAUGUUAGUGCGUUGGUCUAUUGCCGUAAUCACACGCUAUGGAUCAACUUUUGUGGGAAAUUCUCUCUUUCAUCGUAUGCCCCAACUACAGAACCUUUUAAUUCAUCAUCUUACCUUGCACAUAACACAUGAACUGUUGUGAAAUGUAUUCUUUAUUCCAUCCUACAUAAUGAUCUCAUAAACUAUAUAAAGCAUAUCUAGCAAUGAUCACUCAUGAUGAAUUGCGAGACUUGAUAAAAAUGAC